UUAAUGCCAUUCUCUCCCUCACACAAUCAGGCAGUAGUGGAGUCAAUGGCUGAGCAGAAUCACACCACUGUGACAGAAUUCAUUCUCAUUGGCUUCACUGACCAGCCCAAGUUGGGAGUUAUUCUCUUCCUAGUGUUUCUCAGUUUCUACCUCAUCACUGUGCUGGGCAACAUGGGCAUGAUCCUACUGAUCUGCUUGGAUUCCCAUCUCCACACCCCCAUGUACUUCUUCCUGAGCCACCUCUCCCUCUUGGAUGCCUGCUACUCUUCAGUCAUUAUUCCUCAGAUCUUGGUCACCCUGGUUAUUGGCAGGACAAGCAUUUCCUAUCACUCUUGUGCUGCUCAGUUCUUCUUUUUCACAGUCUGUGCAGCCACUGAAUGUUUUAUGCUAGCAGUGAUGGCCUAUGACCGUUAUGUUGCCAUUAGCAGUCCUCUACUGUACUCCUCAGCUAUGACAGUGGGCACUCGUUGGGGCUUGGUGGCAGGAGCCUAUGGUGGUGGCUUGUCAGGGGCUAUCAUCCGUACAGCCUGCACAUUCACACUUUCCUUUUGUGGGCCCAAUGAGAUCAACUUCUACUUCUGUGAUCUGCCACCUCUGCUGGACCUUUCAUGCAGUGACACCACCACCAGCCAAAUUCUGAUUAUCUUCUUUGGCGACUUUGUGAUUUUGGCCAAUGCUCUGGUGAUUCUGGUAUCCUACCUGUUCAUCAUCAGGGCCAUCCUGCAGGUCAAGUCAGUUGGAGGCAGAGCCAAGACCUUUUCUACCUGUGCCUCCCACCUCAUAGCUGUGAUCCUCUUCUUUGGGACUCUCACAUUCAUGUAUCUGCGCAGCAACUCAAGUAAAUCAAUUGAAGAGGAUAAGGUGGUAUCUGUCUUCUAUACUGUGGUCAUUCCCAUGUUGAACCCUUUUAUCUACAGCCUGAGGAACAAGGAGGUGAAAGCUGCCUUCAUAAAAGUCAUCAAUAGACUGCAGGUCUCCCAAGAGAUUUAG